AUGCUGGCCAGGCGGGUGCUUGGAACUUCAUGCAGGGCAGCACUAGGAUUGGCGGAGACUGUGCUUGGAGGUUUAAAGUCAAUAUGGGGUAGCAGCCAACAUUUUUACUCUGCUCUUUCUGAGGAUAUCACUUAUAGGGAACUAAAAAACGUAUUGUACUCCAAAUAUAUUAGGUUAAUUGAUGUUAGAGAUACAUGGGAAAUUCUUGAGCACGGAAAAGUACCUGGAUCAAUCAACGUACCAUUAGAUGAGGUAGGUGAAUAUCUACAGGUGCACCCAAGGGACUUCAAAGAGAAGUACCAUGAAGUGAAGCAAUCCAAAUCUGACAGUCUAGUGUUUUCUUGUUUCGUUGGAGUAAGAAGUAAGCAAUCCAUGGAUACAGCAUCAUCACUAGGCUUUAACAGUGCUCUAUACUAUACUGGAGACUGGAAAGAAUGGGUAACCUAUGAAAUGUCAGAGAACAAACAAGAAAAUUGA